AUGAAACGAAACUGUUGGCGAGGCAGAAUCUGCUGGCGAGACAAUCGAAGGCCAGGUCCCAAUCAGACUUGGAGGAUACGCCACCGCUGGACUUCUUCAGCAAGGCUAGGGUAGGUGAUGAUACUUUCAAAUUUUUAAGGAUUAAUGCUUUAAAUAGAAUGGAUGAGUCUUGGAUAUUUACAGUGAAAGUCCACGCUUAAAUAUUGGCACAAUAGUUGCCCCGCCGCACUCAGUUUGCAACUCAGUGCUGCAGAACAUCAGUGUCGGUGUCCAUUGGAGGAAGCAGAAAAACUGAAACAUUAAUUUUUUUCAUGCACUUUCUACAGUGGUUUACAGAAAUAAAUAUGCAGAUAGUUAAGAAAAGUAAUAAUAAAUAUGCAGACAAUUUAAAAUAUUUUCUAUAAUUUUAAAUUUUAUGUGAUUUCAAUUGGUACGUAUAAUUGCUGUAAACCGCUUUCAUUGUUUUUAUGAAUUUGAAGUAUACAAGUAUUUUUUUAAUAAAAUAAAUAUAUAAACAAUGAAGCGUUUUGGCCCUUAAGCAUUAUCUAAGAAGGUCUUUAGGGUUUUAUGUUAAUUUUUUGUUCACAGUUCAUAUGUGAUAUAUGCCUUUUAGAUGAAAAUGGCUAAUUUUUUGAUUGCAAACUAACUAAAGUUUGUGUGGACGUCACUCCGAGUCAAUAGUAAAUUAUCUGAAGUAUGUAUGUUGCUCUGGAUAACUCUGUAGAGAUUAGGUAAUCUGUCUAUAAACUGUAUACACAAAGUAAAAUUGAUUCCUAUGUUGGGAUAGAGUAGACCAUGGGACUUAACAUUUGGUUAUUGUAAGCAGUGUUGUAGGAGGACUUGGAAGUGAAAGAUCCAGGGGGAUAUUGGACGAGGUGGGAUUUGAAUAUUAUACUGAGAGGUGGGGCAUUUUUCCAAUGCGGGAGGGAAAAGAAAUGCAAUAGCGGGGGAGAGAGAGAGAAAGCAGGGGACAUGUUCCCUUUUCUUAUUCCGUUCUCUUCCUCAGCGUCCCCCAACAAAAUUGAGUUCCCCAAUAGAACACUGGAGUAGGUGGCUUUAUAUUGCUCAGGGUAACGACAUUUCUUGAAAUUAGUUUCCUGCUUUUUUAUUCGCUCUUAACCUUUUCACUGAUAGUUAAUUCGAUAUUUGUACUUGUUUAAUAUUUAACCCACCAAAUAUUUUAUGGAAUCUUUCUUACUUAUGUAUCUCCUCCUCAUAGACAAGAACCACGACUGCACCCAGACACUGGCGAAGAUGAAUCUGCCUCCGCUGCAUUAUCUGAAAUAAUCUCGAACAUGCCACCACCUGGUAAGGAAUUUACCAAGAAAGUUCCCACUGCUUUCAUGAGUUUGAGACCUUUGACAUGUAUUGUCACUCAACUUUUCAAAGGGUGCCUGCCGCCUGUGUCUAAGGAAUAUUUUAAUCAGUUUUUAAAUAUUGACAAGUUAAAUUGACAAAUGGAAAGUAGCGGCUUUCUUGAAGUCAAAUCUUUUUUUCAAACGAUAAAUAUAUAAACAUUUUUUUCAAACAUAAUUCACAUAAAUGAGUAUUUCAAGGUCUUGCCAUGCCAUCUUUAUUAAUACAGGUUUCUUUAGGGUGCUUCUGCCAGACAUGUUGUCAACUUUAGCAACUGAGAGUGAGGUUUCCAUCUUCAUUUCUGUACAUAAGAACUGCCCUGCUGCAUCAACCUGCAUGAUUGACAAAUAAUUCCAUUACUAAAUUCAUAGGCGGUUUAGAGAUUCUCACAUUCUAGCAAUGUCAACAGGGAUGAGUGGGGGACAAUUGCCAUAUCUGGUCAGAUAGAAAUCAGGUACAUCUGUCCAGAGCAACUUCUUGGAAAGUAAAGCUGAAAAUAAUACAUGUUCAUAUUGUAAAAGGAGUUAACCUCCCUGAAGCCUUUUGGAGACGGCCAGUAUAAUGUGCUAAAAAAGUUGUGUGCAAAGUUAAAGUAAUCUUAAAGAAUGACUAUGCUGUCUCUAUUCCAAUUGGUGAAUGCAGUAACUUUGAUUUGCUGCUUUCAUUGUAAGUAGCCAAGGUGGAUACAAAUCAAUGAUUUAAAAAUUUUUAAAAAUGAUUUUUUUAAAAUUUAAAUUGGAUUUUUAAAAAUAAAAUGCUUUUGGAGGAAAAAUCUUUCUAAAGAUAGUUUUCUAAUAAGGAUCUGUUUUUAAUUAUGUAGCAUGAGGCUUUAUAUGCAAUGUUUAAAUUUUUUGGUAAAUGAAUUUCAUUAAUCCAUUCACAAUGUCAUGCUCUUCCAGAGGUUUCUGUAAGAUUAUUUGGGGCAGUUUUUCUAACAAGAAGAUAUUAUCACAGAUGCUUGUUUUUGCAGUUCUCAGAAGUGUGAAUUUGUGUCUGCCGAUAUAACGUGCCUUUUCGUCACAGGAAAAAUGUUAUAAACAUACAGAGUUGAGGAAAAAACUUUUUUUAAAAAAACUCCCAUUGUGCCUUUCCAAAUUUACAUACACAGAAUCAACCCCAUACCUCUUAAAUGCUGAAUUCCAAGAGGUUCAAUGAAUAGAUUGUUUGGAGUGGAAUAGAUCUGCACAAGUAGCUAAGUGUGAAUCUGUAAAAAUGAAAGUGCAACCUCGUGCGCAGAAAGUGCAACCUCGUGCUCAGAAAACUCCACAAGUCUUGGGAUCUUUGUGUAAUAAUUGUGCAAGCCAGUUGUUUAACCACAUCAGUUAACAACAUGGAUACAUAUGCUAUAAUGUUACUGUUUUAGUUAAAUAAAUUGUUUAAAUUGUUAUUAAGGAAAUGGUUAUUUUUCUCCUUCCAAAAAAGUACAGCAGAAAAGUUGUCCAAAUAUAAAUAGUUAAAUUAUUAAACCUCACAAUAAUUUCAUAAUUAUCUAUGUAUUUCUAAUAGUAUAACCAAAUCAGUAAUUUUUGCUAUAACAAUAAAAACUACUCUGAAAAUUUAUUAUUCCAAAAAUGAGAGCUUCAUCUGGUUGUAAAUAUUAAGAUUAUACCAGGAAGCAUGAGUCUUUUUGUAAAAAGAUUAUUUAAAUCAAGUCUUUUUUAAAAAAAACUAUUUAUUUGAUUUGAUUAGAUGUUCAUACAAACAUUAAUACACAUACAUUUGCAACCAUAAUAACAACAAAAAGAAAAAAGGAUAAGAAGAAAAACAAAAGAAAAAAAUUAAGGUAAGAAAGAAGUACAUAAAAUAGGUGGAUGAUAAUACACCUUUGUGACUUCCCUCCACCAGUGCUUGUCAUUUUUUCAUUCAAGUUCUUAUUUACAUUGCAAAUAAUGUAUCACUACAUUAUUUCUUUUAGUAUACUAUUAUAUUAUCAUGACAAAUUUACGAGCUUAGUCUAAACAUACCAGCUUGUUAUCUUUAGAGCAGUGUUUGCUCUUGUACUCUUCGAACCAUAACCAUUGUGACCUUAAUUUCUGAUGUGUUUGAUAUCUUAUUGCCGCAGUUAAUUUUGCCAGUUCUAUAAAUUCUGUUAAUUUAUAUAGCCAAUCCUCUUUUGUGGGUAUAUAAUUUCCUUUCCAGUUCUUUGCAAGGAGUAACCCGGCUGCUGCUGUUGCAUAAAAGAGUGAUUUUUUCCUUUCUUCUGGUAUCUCAUCUCCUACUAUACUUAGUAAGAAUGACUCUGGUUUUCCCCCUAAAGAUAUCCUGAGCAUCCUUUUUAGUUCCUCAUGGAUGCAUCCAUCCUAUUUAAAUCAAGUCUUACUGGCUAGUGAUUUAAAUCAUGAUUUAAAUCAAAUCCACCCUGUAAGUAGUAGCUACAGUUGUCCUUUGCUUUUAUAUUUAUUUGUAAGAAAACUACCAACUACUUCCUUGUGUUAAACUGCAAUGGCGGAUGCUUAUCCUACCACAGAAAGUAAUUGUAUGAAGUCCUACAAAUGUUUGUCCAUUGUUAUGCAGUGUAAUCUAUGGGGAAGAUGGAAGAGGGUUCUGCUAACAGUGUUUGAUUUCUUUUUAAGAAUUACCAGGAUUUUACUACGAUCCUGAAAGGAACCGCUACUUUCGCUUGCUUCCUGGGCAUAACAACAGCAACCCUCUCACCAGUGAGAGUAUUCAGCACAGAAGGAUGGAGUGUCAAAGGCUAAAGCUCUUGGAGGAGGAGGAGAAAUGCAUGAAGGUGAGCUGUUGCACUUAAUUGUUCUCUCAAAUUAGGUUCACUUAACGCGUAAGGUCUUUGCCAUCAGCUGCUUUCAGGGUACGUAAUUCUAUGCCGGAUUCUGGUUUCUGAUUUAAGUUUACACGUUUCUCUUACGUAUGAAAAUCUUAUUGUUCAAACUUUAAUUCAUAAAUUGAAAGCUUACAUUAUUCAUUUGAUUAAACAUAGAACAAGAUUAUGUGAAGUCCACACACUUGCUCGAUGCAAGAGUGACAAUUGUACAUGAAGAGUUAAUGGAGUUGUAUUCAAUGAAGUCAUUGGAUGAACAACUUCCAGUGGUGCAAUGGAACUUCCUACCCUUUGUCCUUCUGAAAGCCCCCCCCCCCAAAAAACCCUGCUUUGGGAGUUCCCCCAUUCCUCCAGAGCAGGAUGGUGUUUGUGUGUACUCAAGCACACAUGUGGAGGUUGGGAAAUUCCAUUGUGUGAUAGUUCUGCUUAUGGUUUUGUUGGAUUCAGCCCAUGAUUUUUUUAAGCACAAGGAACAUGAUUGUGCACUUUCACCAUUUUUAAACAGAAAGCAUCCAGGUCUGGGCUGAACUCUUCAAUCGUUUUACGCAAGAGGCAGUUAGGUUUGCCUAGCUCUAUCAACUAUCGCAGGUAAGAUGAUUUAACAUUACUUUUAUGUUGCAAAGCUCUUUUUCUUAAGCUCUGUGGAAAAGGGGAACUUCUCUAACAGACCAGAGUGACUACAAGGUGCCCAAUUACUGAAUAUACAUUGUUGCUUAUGGGUUUAUUUGUAUCAGAUUCUACAGCAUGUGGAGGAUGGAUCUACAACAUACCUUUCACAUUUAUUUGGUUUGCAGCCUACCUAAAACCUCUUUUGCUUGAUUUGGUGGAAGAGAUAGUUAUCAAAGUACGUUUUUGAUCAAAUGGUAAUCUUUCUCUGUUCAUAGUAUUUUAAAAACAAUCUGUAGUUCUUGUAUAUAAGUUACUUAUACUCCAUUUUUAUCCCGUCCUUCCUCCCAAAGGGCAGCCGUUAUUAGACUAGAUUUUAUUUCAGCUUAACAGUCUAAUUGUUGCUGUCACUGAGGGUGAUAUCCAACUAACUCACUCAUAAAUGCAUUUGCGCGAUUCACCUUACAAGCCCCAUCAGCAAAAGCCCUAUGCGAGGGCUUCCACUUGCAUGAUGGGGCUUUCCCUUGUCUCUCCUCCCACCACUGUAUGACACCUGAAAUUGACUGGUGGGGAGUUGGAGGUGAACCCCCAGAGCAGUGAAGGGGGGGGUCGAUCCAUCUGGCAAGUUGAUAGGGGAGGAACCACCUAUUCAAAUCAGCAGGCUUAAGUCUCCUUUGAGUAUGGUGAACAUUGGGUAUCAUCUAUGGAAUUUCAUUGAUGUUGAUAGGCAAUACACUGCAAUUUAUUCUCCCCCCCACUAUUGGACUUUGCACUGGAAAUGAUAGGUUUGGGAACGCUCAGGUACAAUCCUAUGGCUAGUUGGUGGGGAAAUAUGAAAGCAUUUUAACCACCCAUCUGUUAAUGCCUUGUCAGACUCUACUGGCAGAAUAGAAGGGAGUACAGAGUGCAGUCCUUCCAUUACCAUGUGUAAAAUAUUUUUUAAAAUACUUUGGUUUUUCAUUUCCUUCCUGUUGGAAACAAGGGGCCGGCUACAUUUAGAUAAAGUUCAGAAGUGUAUGUAAAUCUCCUAGUUUUGGAAUGUUAUCAGGAAACCAGGAGGGCUUUGGACCCAAGCAGCUUCCUAGAAUGUCCCCACCCUUUUGACCCUGCAUCAUGUUGGGCCAAGGUGUCAGAGGAAGCUGGUGCCAUUGGAGAAAGAUGCUCCGACACUGGUUCUCCCUGACCCACAGUUCUGUUUGUUAUGUAGAAGGGUUAGAUCUGAUCUGUCCUAUGACUGCUGCUACACCAUCUCCAGGAGCCACAGGACAGCACUCUUAAUUUAUCUGAUCACUCUAAAAUAACACUUGAUUGUUAGCACUGAUACUGGCUCUCAUACUGAUUUUGGCUUUGUUGACAUUAAAUGCUAGUUUCCUUGGUUGUUCUCUUUUCCUCGUUCUGACGUAGGUCGAUCCAUGAAUUAAAAGUGAAUUGCAUGCAGAGAAGGAAAUUGGAAAUUGAGACCCCAGAUUCCUCUAUUUGUGGAAGCAACAAUUUUAAAUUGAUAAUGGUAAGUUGGAGGGGUUUUGUUUUGUUUUUUUACUUACGUUAGGACAGUCAUUUAUCUUGGUAUUAAGGUUGCAAUGUGAUCUUACAGCAACAAUGAUCUCUUCCAGAUGCAUCCAUGGGUACUUUCAGAAAUUCUUCUGCCAUUCAUUUGGAAGAAUGGCAGCUACUAGCUGGAUCUUGGGGCAGGGUGGGUGGCAGCGGGGAAUUUGGCAACUGAUAAUCUUUCUGUAACAUUUUGAGAGGAGCUUGCGAUUUUCUUCAUUAGUGGAAGAGCCCUCCUUGGGGAAAAAGUAACCCCUCAGCAAUUCACCCCUUGCUUUUGCAGGCAGACAGUGCCUCUGAAAGAAUAUUCACUGUGAAUGAUGUCGAGCAUGGAGGAUGUAAAUGUGGUAUUGUCAACCUCAGUGGUUUGGGGAAGAAUACUCUUACUGUGGAAAUGUAUGACAACCUGUAUUUUACAAACCGCAAGGUACUGCUCUGUCCUUCUUUAAAGUUUAGAAUGUAUUUAUUCUCUUUAACCCUAACUACUGAGACCAAGCAGAAAUGUGGAGCACUUAAGUCGAUUUCUGAAUAUCAGUUGCUGGGGAACAACACGUGGAGAGGACCAAUUUACUUGUGUUCUGCUUAUGGGCUUUCCAUAGCCAUCUGGUUUGACCACUAUGGGACAUGGGAUGUUGAACUAGAUAAGCCUCUGGUCUCAUAAGCUGGUCUGCUCUUGUGUGAGAGCCUAGCCACAGUUAUCUGUGUUCCAGGUUAGAUUAUUGUAACUCAUAUGUGGUUUGAAUAUGGAAGCUCUUUUCAGAAUUCAAUUGCAAGACUGCUAAACCAAGACCAGACAUUGGGAACAUGUUUCAUCUCUGCUUAAACAAGUUUUUGGAGGGUGGAAAAUCAGUCCUUAUAACCAUAGGGAUGAGAUGCUUUUCCAAAGAUUGCAGUGCAGUUUACAGUAUAAAAGCACAAAAUGCCUAACAUUAAAAAAAAAAGAAAUAUUUACACACAUCCCACACAAACACACUUUUAAAAGGCCAUAAAUUGUUUAAUAGCCAAAGGCCUGGUUAAAGAGCUGUGCCAAUCUGUAUGAAAUCUAUGGAUUCUCAUUUAUUAACUAGAUUGUGUUCAGCUUCUUAUUCAUUUUCAGGGGGUGGGGGAGCAGGGUUAUACUUUCAUCACUAGCCUGUUCAGUUAAUCUAUCUGCAUUCAUAUAUCCUUGUUCCAAUAGGCAUUUUCUGUUUGUUUGUUUGUUUGUUUGUUUGUUUGUUUGUUUGUUUGUUUGUUUUUGUUUAUUUUCAAGGUGAAUUCUGUGUGUUGGGCCUCACUAAGUCAUCCGGAUUCCCAUGUGUUAUAUCCUUCUUAUAAAAAAAUUAAGUGCUAUCGACUGUCUGGCUCCGAAGCAUGGAGCCCGGGUGGCCCUGUAGUUUUCGCUGGAGCUGAGGAUGAUGAAACAAUUGCUGACACUGCUAGAGCACCGGUGGCUGAAAACUCAUUCCGAGUCAGACCGAACACUGGUUAGAGCUCAAUGUUGAGCCUACCAAGCGGUGAUAGCGACGGCGAAGAGGACCUUCUUCACCGCUUCUAUUGCAUCUGUAGAGAACAGCAGCAGGAGACUCUUCUCAAGUGGUUCACAAUCUAGCGGAACCACCUUCACCAUCAGGGCCUUGUGACGACCCCAAUUAUCUCCUGCAACGAUUUUGAAAAGUUCUUUGCAGAUAGUUGCUCAAAUUCAGAAAGAGGUAGACUCCACGGUGGGAUCCAGGCUGGGGUGGAAGAGUGCUAGGGUCCUGUCUGGUGAUGUUGCAUGAGAUCAAUUCCAAUGAGGAUGUGAACAGGCUGCUUGGACAAGUGAAACCAACCACAUGUCUCCUGGAUCCUUGCCCAUCCUGGCUUAUAAAAGUGAGCCGGGCUGGGCGAUGGGCUCUGCAGGCUGGUGAAUGCUUUCCUCUGUGAGGGAGCCUUCCCAGACCUGCUGAAAGUGGCGGUUAUUAAACUGCUUCUUAAAAAACAUCUUUGGACCUGGCCAAUAUGGCCAACUAUCGUCCAGUCUCAAAUCUUCUGUUUUGGGGCAAGGUGAUUAAACGGGUGGUUGCUGAACAACUCCAGGCAUGCAUGGAGGAUGUGCACCAUUUAGACCCCUCCCAAAAAACAUGAAAAUCGUGUUCUCUUCAGUAUGACUCUAGAAAAUUCAGUUUUCUGUUCUGGGGCUUUGAACAUAAAUUAAGUAACGCUACUGCAAUGUUUUUGUGCUUUGUGGUAGAAAGAGGAGGAACAUGAUUUCCAUCAUUUAUCUGUUUUUUCCUUCUGUUUAUUCUUAGUAUCCAUGCUAAAAGUAGGGAGCAGAGAUUGGAGACAUUGGUUUAAAUGGGGGUGGGGAACCCCGUAAGUUAACACUUUUAUCUAUGAUGGUUUCUUGAUAGUGCAUGUUGUACAUCUUGAAAUGCUCUGAAAUCUCCUGUUUUCUAGUGAAAUAUUUAUUAGUGCAACGGUGGCAGAGGGAGAUCUGCCUCUUGGGCUGAUUUAAAGUGACACAUUCUGUUCCUGCGAGAGCUGUCUGUAUUGUCUCUUUAAUAUCCUUAACUACCUCCAUCAAGCUGUGCCUCAUGGGCAUUGCAGAAACUCUCGGCUGUGCCAGCCUGCUUCCAGCAUCUUUGUUCAAUAACUCUAAUGCAGGUAGUGUAUAUCUGUUGGGUGAAGUCUUAGGCAUGCAGAGAUCCUAUAUGAGACAUACCAGUUUUACAGUUCUCAAGUAUGGUUUUUCUGAGUGUUAUAAGAAUAACACUGACAUUGCCUUACGUCCAGGCCUCUGGCUUUUGUUGGCUUAGUUUAGGUAACUAGUCAGUCUUCUGUCAGUAAUUGUUUUGCUCCCUUUAUUGGACAUGGUUUUUAAAAUUAUGUCCGAAGCACGUUGCUAAUGUUCAGCCACUGAAAGAGGCAAGCAUAUGCUUUGGGUAGAGGGCAUACUUAUAAAAGAUGGGAUGUAGGGAUGCAUCGUGCAAUUUAUUCAUCAUAAUUCCUUCCUCAAAGCAGUUCGACUAAAGUAAAUGAGACUGCUUUGGUCUAAGUGGAUUAUGGCCUUGCUCCCUAGCAGGCAUUGGGUCGUCAGUUAAGCAGUUCAGUGUGGCAGAAGCUCUUCAAGUGUUUUUUGCAUUUGAAUGUUUUGAAGAUACAGCGGUGUGAAUACUAAAAGAUAGGUACCCUAUACCGUUUUUGGGAGACAAACCUGGUGUUGAGGAUGCUUUGCUAAUGGCUUCUUCCUUUUUCUUUUUAGGAGACCAGCCUGGAAUGUUGUGCAGCUUCAAGAUCUCCACAGCCUGGUCCUGUGCUUGGUGUCUGAAUCCUCAGGCUGAUAAUUACUUUAGCACAGGUAAGGUGCAAUACUUUACCACUAUCAUUUUGAAGCUAAUUACUUGUCUGGUGCUGACAUUUUGUUUCAUCUUAGGUUUAAGUCAACAAGUCCAUGUGACCAAUGCAGUGACCGGUCAUCGUCAGAUAUUUUCUAUCAGCAGCGAUGCUCUUGCACAGCAGUUUGCCACCCAGGUAGGAGAGACUUUUUGUGCAACAAGCAGACCCAGGCAAUGAUAGCCCUGAAUUUCUGUGGUUAAUGUUGUCACCACUCAACUUAAACAAGCUUUGAGGAUACAGUAAAGUUGUACUAUGGAGUAGAGCACUGAGCUUUGGUGGAGAAAACCUGGGUUCAGAUCCUAGUAAUUGAAUUUGCCUGGUUUUCUUUGGUUGGUAUCAUGUAGCUUAUUUCAGAUGGUUGUUGCUUGGAUAAAAUGGAGGUGGGGGAACAGCCCAGGUACACAACCCCUCGCUACCCAAGAAGAAGGGUUUGGUUACAAGUAGUAAGGCAGUGUUGAAAUCCACUGAAUUUGUUCUUUGGUUUUUAUAGGCUCCAGUGCUGUAUAAUGGCUGCCGUUCAGGGGAGAUUUUCAGCAUUGAUAUCCGCCGCCCCAUGAAUACAGGGCAAGGGUUGAAAAGCCUCCGGCUGUUUCAUGACUCGGCAGUCACAUCUGUGAAUCUUCUGAAGGAUGAGCAGUACCUCUUGGCUGCAGACAUGGCAGGCCGGGUAGAGAUCCAGUUUGUUUCACGAAAUAUUCCAUGAAUACUGUUUUUACUGCCUUGCCUAAGCAUUCCAAGGAUGUGAUGUGUUUGUUCUCUUACUCUGUCCAUUUGCAGAUAAAACUCUGGGAUCUGAGAAAACUAAAAUGUGUGAAAGAAUAUCACGGUCAUCACAAUGAACACAGCAUUCUGCCUUUGCAUGUCAAUGAGGAAGAAGGGCUUCUUACAGCAGGUAGGGCACAUGGUCAUGCACAAAAUGGAGUUUGCCUAAAAAAGGCUGUUGAGACAAAGCUGUCUGACAAAUGUUUUAUAUAUCUCUAGGGCUGUGUAGUGAGAGUUUUUCCAUCGUUGUUCAGCCACUGGAUCCAGUGCAUUUCACUCACAGUAACUGUACCAAGUCAAAAUAUUGGUCCAUCUGCCUUAGUGUUGUCCACACUGGCUGGCAGCAGCUGCCCAGUAUUCCAAACAGACUUAUAUAACCUAUAAAUAGAAAAUAAUGCUUUCCUGCAUUUGAAUUGUGAAGAAAUCUUAAUAGCUGACAGGAAACAUGCCCAGGACUCCACAAAAUGUUUCUAGUCUGCUGACCCAAAUUUUCAGAAAAUUUCUCCUCUCUGGGAGAUUCAUUUGCCCUUUCUUCCACAUAUGUAUCUCCUGGGCCUGUGUUUUGCUCUCCACAAAUGGCUGAGCUUUAUCCUUGGCCUCUGAUGUUGCUGGCCACCAUCUCCAUAAAUCCACAGUCAGUCCCAUCCUCCUGGCAUAACUCUUGCAGCUGCAGCAAGCAGCCUCGCAUGAUUGAGGAGACAGGGAGGUGUAAAUGUAAAUGUAACAAGUAUUUCAUUAAAUGGAUGUAAUGGGCUGUUAGGUGCUAGAAUUUUUGUUUUUUCCUUCCUCAGUGGGUCAGGAUUGUUAUACACGAAUUUGGAGUCUCCAAGACGCUCACUUGCUACGGACUAUACCUUCUCCACAUCCAUUUUCCACUGACUCCAUCCCAAGUGUGGAGUUUUCAUCACAUCUUGGAGGCUCCCGAGGGGUUCCCGGCUUGCUUAUGGCUGUCAAGCAGGAUCUCCAUUAUUUCUCCUACAAAACAGACGAUCCAUAUUGUCUGUCUGCCACAGAAGAGGACAAUUCCACACCACCUCAGUGA